CCGCUUGUCCAAUCGUCAUCUAAAAUGUUAGAGACGGCAUUUUACUUGUAUGGUUCUUGGAGAUUGGAGCUGGCACGCACGUCACAAAGGCUAACUUCAAUUAUGUGCUUUGUUUAAUUUCGAAGAAAAGAGCUGGAAACACAUGUAAGAAGAGUUUGGAAACAGCGACACUUUGAUAGUAUGAUGCUCUUCGAAAACUGUAUAUGGACCUUAGUGCUUCAAGACCUUGGCGUUGGAAUGUAAACUGCCACGAUUCACCGCUCGGAUGCAAACAAGCCAAACCAAACAUUCCUGCUGCAAACAGACAAAGCAGACAAACAGCGCUAUGACCUCACCAGCCCGGAAGCUCCCCACAUCUUCAGCGACUUGACUGGCAAUGCAAACAACAAUGGGGAGACACUCAGACGUCAGACGGCAUAACUCGGGUGACUCAAGCGCUCUCUGAUCCAAUCUGAUACUUGGAACUGUUCCGCCCUAAGCCGCUUACACGAUCAGCCCACGAAUCUAGACUUGCGGGGGGUCGUGAUGCAAACAUGUUCACUGACAAAACCGGGUUGUAGAGCUGCUGAGGUCUUUAUAAAGCCCACACAAUGUAACAUUAAAGGAUUUCGCUCAAUUUUUGUUCUUUUUCAAGCUUGAAAUCCCCUCCGAGGCCCACAGGUCUUGUCUAAUAAUUUGUCAUAGAGGUUGGUGCCAUUAGCUCCUUCUAGAUUGCCCGAACAUGUCUCCUACAGCUCUGAGAAAUACCGACACGGUCGAGAUCGUGGAUAUUCACCAGAAUGACAUGGAAUUCUCACUCGUGGAUGAUAUCUACAAGAAUUUGGACCCACCAGCAGAUACACCACGCACAUUCCCUACCCUCCUACUCUACGACGCCAAAGGACUGAAGCUCUUUGAGAAAAUCACAUAUCUGGACGAAUACUAUCUCACCAACACGGAAAUUGAGGUCUUGACAAACCAUGCAAAGCGGAUAGUCGAGCGCAUUCCGGACAAUGCACAGUUGGUGGAGCUUGGUAGUGGAAACCUGCGCAAGGUCGAGAUUCUACUCCGCGAGUGUGAACGAACGGAAAAGAAAGUGGACUAUUACGCGUUGGACCUCUCCCUGGUGGAAUUGCAACGGACGUUCUCCGAGAUCUCGCCCGAGAGCUUCGUGCAUGUGGGAUUCCAUGGUCUCCAUGGUACCUAUGAUGACGCUGUUGGGUGGCUGAAUAGCCCAGAAAACAGACAGCGGCCUACAGUUGUCAUGUCAAUGGGAUCUUCCAUGGGUAACUUUGGUCGUACCAGCGCUGCCGAGUUUUUGGGUCGUUUCUCAAAGUUGUUGAGCCCGUCUGAUUUCAUGCUGAUCGGAUUGGACGCCUGCAAGGACCCUGAGAAGGUGUUCAAAGCAUACAACGAUAGCGAAGGCAUUACCCGCCAAUUUUAUGAGAAUGGACUACUGCAUGCCAAUGCGGUGCUUGGCUUCGAGGCCUUCAAGCCUGGUGAAUGGGAGAUCUUGACUGGGUACGAUAGUCGCGAGGGACGGCAUCAAGCCUGCUAUGCCCCCAAGGUCGAUGUGGUCAUCAAUGGCAUCAAGAUCCCUAGAGGGGAAAAGCUCGUCUUUGAGGAAGCGUGGAAAUACGGCCGGGAUGAACGAGAUGAGUUAUGGCGAAAGGCAGAUCUAAUCUCUCAAGUGGAGUUUGGGAACCCUACUGAUGAUUAUCACGUCCACCUACUAUCACCCGCCGCGCUAGAUACAUCCACAGACCCUUUGCAAUAUGCGACUCAGCCAAUCCCAACCAUCGAGGAUUUCCAAUCACUAUGGACUGCGUGGGAUCUUGCGACCAAAACCAUGGUUCCCCGAGAAGAGCUUUUGUCAAAGCCAAUCAAGCUCCGAAAUGCGCUUAUAUUUUACCUCGGCCAUAUCCCAACAUUUUUCGAUAUCCAUUUGACCCGGGCAUUACAGGAGGAUCCUACUGAGCCUAGGUAUUAUCAAAAAAUUUUCGAGCGUGGCAUCGACCCAGACGUUGAAAACCCGGAGCAAUGCCAUAACCACAGUGAAAUUCCCGACGAAUGGCCACAGUUAGACGAAAUCCUGGAUUAUUCAGAGAAAGUACGAAACCGUGCGAGAUCAAUUCUACAGGAAGGAUCCGCAUCACAAGACCGAACUCUCGGAGAGGCCCUUUGGAUUGGCUUUGAACAUGAGGCCAUGCAUCUGGAGACCUUCCUCUAUAUGCUACUUCAGAGUGACAAAACCUUGCCACCUACGGGAGUUGAACGUCCGAAUUUCGAGGAAAUCAGCCGAAAGGCCAAGAAGGAUGAGAAACCAAAUAAAUGGUUCAGUAUCCCGGCGCAGACAGUAACGAUUGGCUUGGAUGACAGCAACGAAGAAGUCAUGCCCAAGAGUUCUUUCGGGUGGGACAAUGAGAAGCCCCACAGAACGGUCUAUGUCCGUGCCUUUGAAGCCCAAGCACGACCCAUCACCAACGGUGAAUAUGCCAAAUAUCUACAAGCUCAUGGUAUUCAAACACUCCCUGCAUCUUGGGUGUUGAUUUCACGACAAGACAAUCCGAUCUCGAGAGGAAUUGGCCAAUCAAGUGCCCAAGCUGGAUCGAGUUCCCAUUCAACGGGAUUCUCCACAGACAGUAUUGCUGUACGAACAGUCUUUGGCCCUGUCGCUUUCAAGCAUGCACAGGACUGGCCAUUGAGUGCUUCUUAUGACGAACUAGCGAGCUAUGCAAAGUGGAUGAACUGCAGGAUCCCGACCUUUGAAGAAACCAAGAGCAUCUAUCAGUACUCUGAACAGAUCCAGAAUCAUCAAGUUACAAAUGGUUACAGCAAUGGGACAAAUGGGUCUUACUCCCACAAUAUGAAGCCCCGGUCUGCUGACCAGGGACUCUUCCGUAAUCUCAAGGGCUGCAAUGUUGGCUUCAAGAACUGGCACCCUGUCCCAGUUACUCCCAAUGGCGACAAACUAGCUGGUCAAGGUGGCAUGGGAGGUGUCUGGGAAUGGACCAGCACACCAUUGACGCAACACGAGGGAUUCAAGCCUAUGGAAAUUUACCCUGGAUACACAUCGGACUUUUUCGACGGCAAGCACAAUGUUAUCCUUGGUGGCUCUUGGGCUACGUUGCCCCGCAUCGCCGGCCGAACUAGCUUCGUCAAUUGGUACCAACACAACUAUCCAUAUGCCUGGGUUGGAGCGCGGCUGGUGAGAGAUGUGUAG